GUUAGGGUAGUGCUUAUCUACUCGUCCAGGCCACAUCCAUAAAUGCUAACGAACUUCUUCUAUACCCCAUGACUGGGCAUACUACGGCCGCAGAGAAAUCUUCGAAGGUGCUGGUCCUCCGAUAGGAGGAAGUAGAAAAGUAGCACAGUGGGGCAUUUACUCAACAUGGUAAUGGUAAAAAAAUAAUUGUUGCUCGGAUUCUAUGGCUGCUUUCGUUCACCAAGGGAAAAGUGGUAAAAUGGAAGGAAAACGGCAAUGGUAAUUGUAAUGGUGUAGCGGCUGCGUCUGCAGCAACUGCCUCAUGAAAGAAGGAAUUAUAUACAGCAUGAUUACAGAUACAGAAGGAGUUAAACAAUCUGCCGCAAUUAAACAACAUUAUUAUCAUCAUCAUCAUCAGCAAAAGUAUAAGGCAUUUUUCUUCACCAGUACG